CGUGGUAGUUCCCCUUCUUACGUCUCCCAGCUUUCCUCUUUUGCAAAAUCUCCCUUUCGUUUUUUCUGUUGGAUAAUAAUACAUACAUAGAAAACAAAAGGAAAGGAAAAAAAAAUUAAGGAGAAGAAAAAUGGUGAGGCCGAAAAGGGAGAGGGACGACGGGGUUAAUCAUAAUGGUAACGGCCGAUACAAGGGUGUACGGAUGAGGAAGUGGGGAAAAUGGAUAGCCGAAGUACGGCAACCGAAUAGCGGAGGAAGAAUAUGGUUGGGUUCUUACAAGACAGCUGAAGAAGCUGCGAGAGCUUACGACGCUGCCGUUUUUUGUCUGCGUGGGACUUCGGGCAAGCUUAAUUUUCCCGACAAUCCUCCGAAUAUAGCGGACGCCAGUGAGUUGACGCCUGCCCAAAUCCAGGAAGCGGCAUCCAGGCACGCGCAUACGGUUACUGAAGGAGCGGAAGCGAGAGAAGAGAUGGCGGCGGCUGGGAAGUCUUACGCAGCAGAGUGUUAUUUGGAUGAUGGCAGUGUUGGAGAUGGGUCGGCCAGAGCUUAUUAUCACUCGCCUAGUGAUUCGACUUUCUAGCUCUACGAGUUUCCGGUCUCUUUUUUUUUUCUUUGUUUUUUUCUACUCCCUAAAAUAUUAGUUAGAAACUGGUUUUUCCAAGGUUUUAGAUGCAAAGUAAUACCCACAAUCCUGCAUCACUCAAUCCGAAUGUUGCCUAUGAUACAUCAAUGCUACAGCUUGGCCUCCCAGCACAUGCCUAGAAAAGAAAUUUUAUAAUUAUAAAUACUCCAUAAAUUACUUUAUAAAUCGAAUUUUUUUCAUAGUAUGAUAUUAAGGG